UCAGCCCGCUGGUGGGCGAGGACGAGUUCAAGGCGUCCUGCGCCAAAGAGAUGGCGCUGCUCGACCUGAUGGAGAAGACGGGAUACAACAUGGUGCAGGAGAACGGGCAGAGGAAGUACGGCGGACCCCCCCCAGACUGGGAGGGGCCGCCGCCCCCGCGGGGCUGCGAGGUGUUCGUGGGGAAGAUCCCCAGAGACAUGUACGAAGACGAGCUGGUGCCGCUGUUUGAGACGGCCGGCAGGAUCUACGAGUUCAGGCUGAUGAUGGAGUUCAGCGGAGAGAACCGCGGCUACGCCUUCGUCAUGUACACCAACAGGGAGGCGGCGCAGAGAGCCAUCCAGACACUGGACAACCACGAGAUCCGUCCGGGGAAGCUGAUCGGGGUGUGCGUGAGUCUGGACAACUGCCGCCUCUUCAUCGGCUCCCUCCCUAAAGACAAGAGGAAGGACGAGAUCAUGGAGGAGAUGAAGAAGGUGACGGACGGCGUGGUCGAUGUGAUCGUGUAUCCGAGCUCCACAGAUAAGAGCAGAAACCGAGGUUUUGCCUUCGUGGAGUACGAGUCCCACAAAGCGGCAGCCAUGGCGAGGAGGAAGCUCAUACCUGGAACCUUCCAGCUGUGGGGUCACUCCAUCCAGGUGGACUGGGCCGAGCCCGAGAAGGACGUGGACGAGGAGGUCAUGCAGCGCGUCAGAGUCCUUUACGUGCGUAACCUGAUGCUGAGCACCACCGAAGAAACCCUCCGCCAGGAGUUCUCUUGCUUCAAGCCGGGCUCCGUGGAGCGAGUUAAGAAACUGACCGACUACGCCUUCGUUCACUACCGCUGCCGUGACGACGCCAUCACCGCGCUGAGCCUUAUGAACGGAGCCCUGAUCGACGGCGUCAGCGUGGAGGUGACGCUGGCCAAACCGGCUGGGAUCAAAGACGGGAGCGUAGCCGGGAGGAGGUACAACAACAGGGGAUACCUGGGAAACAACGCAGCAGGAGGAGGAGCGAACGGAACGUUUCUGCUGCACAGGAACGACGGAGGCGUAAUGGGCGGAGCUGUGGACGGAUGCUCUCCACUGAGAACACUGUCCACACGCCUGGGGAGCCCCUUCUACAGCGGAGAGGACCCAGACAGGUGUGUGUUCCCCCUGUUUCCGGGCACCCCGCUCUCUCCCACCAGCCUGCUGUCCCUGAAGCAGAGUCAGAUCGGGUCCGCCAUCAGCUUGCUCGACUUCUACUGCCGCAAGAACUACUGGUCGCAGCCGGAGUACCACCUGUACUCCACGCCGGGACAGGACGGGAAGCUGCUGCUCCUGUACAAGGUGGUGAUCCCGUCGACACGGAGCACCUUCAUCCCCGACAAACUGUGUGCACUGCUGGACGACGCCAAAGAGCUGGCUGCUCAGACCACGCUGUGGAACCUGGACUCAUCCUUCCUCAACGGAGCUUCCUGCGAUUCUCCCAGCAGCCCCUCUCCUCCGCUCGCCAUCAACUCUUCCUCCUCCUCCGCCAACAGUCCCGGGGUGAUGACCUGCGCCGGCAGAGCCUUCCCCUCCUGCCUCCCUCCUCCACCUCCUCCUCCACCGCCCUCCCCGCUCUCCCCUCCCACCCCCCAAUCACAGAGGCUCUACAUCAGCUCCCAGUCGCCUUUCUACUGA